GGCCGCCGAGGGGGGCGGCCGGGAGCGUGAAGCUGGAGGAGCGGCUGCACUCGGUGCUGUGCUGCACGGUGUGCCUCGACCUGCCCAAGGCCUCCGUAUACCAGUGCACCAACGGGCACCUGAUGUGCGCCGGCUGCUUCAUCCACCUGCUGGCAGACGCGCGGCUCAAGGAGGAGCAGGCAACGUGUCCCAACUGCCGCUGUGAGAUCAGCAAGAGCCUGUGCUGCAGGAACCUGGCUGUGGAGAAGGCAGUGAGUGAACUGCCCUCUGAGUGUGCCUAUUGCACCCGCCAGUUCCCCCGCGCCAUGCUGGACCGGCACCAGAGCGAAGAGUGCCACGACAGGGUGACCCAGUGCAAGUACAAGCGCAUCGGCUGCCCCUGGCAGGGCCCAUACCACGAGCUGUCGGUGCACGAAGCCGAGUGCACCCAUCCCACCAAAACCGGGAAUGAGCUCAUGGAUAUCCUGGAUGAGAUGGACCAGACGAGGAAGAAGGAGAUGCAGCUCUACAACAGCAUCUUCAACCUGCUCAGCUUCGAGAAGAUCGGCUACACAGAGGUCCAGUUCCGCCCGUACCGCACGGACGACUUCAUCACACGCCUGUACUACGAGACACCGCGACUGACAGUGCUGAACCAGACGUGGGUACUGAAGGCACGCGUCAACGACUCCGAGCGCAACCCCAACCUGUCCUGCAAGCGCACGCUCUCCUUCCAGCUCAUCCUCAAGAGCAAGGUCAACUCCCCCCUGGAGUGCUCCUUCCUGCUGCUCGAGGGGCCCUACGACGACGUCAGCAUCCGCCCCGUCAUCUACCACUUCGUCUUCAGCAACGAGAGCAACGAGACCGAGUACCUGGCGCUGCCCAUCGCUGACUCGGUGGAGUGCAACAAACUGCUGGCGGCCAAGAACAUCAACCUGAGGCUGUUUCUGUUCCAGAUCCAGAAGUGAGACUGUGCCGACUGAG